CAUUCAGUCGACCAUGAAAUACCUUGUCAUUUUUCCGCUUCUCGCAGCAUUCUCCGUUGCUCUUCCAACCGCAUCGAAGAGCAAUGAGCAGUUGGAAUUACUCGUUGAUCAGAUUUAUCCAGACAUUUCUACUUAUUUGAGCAAGACGCAGAUUCGUACUUUAUUCCGCGCGUUGUCUGAAGUUGUCCGUAAGUCUAGAACUCUGGAGCAAAUUGGCAAAGAAAUGAUUGAGCCAACAUUGAGCACAAUGACUGCGGAUCAGAAGUCUGAAAGUUGGGAAUCAAUUCAAAAGGCUGAAAAGGCUUUCGGAGGAUUCCAACAGUUGAAGGUGAUCUUCUUCCAUGCACUCGACGCAGUUCAAGAUUUUAUGGGAGACGCAAUGGAUAAGGAUCGGGCUGAAGUUACAGCUAAUGCCAAGGGAAAGACUGAGGACGAGCAGUUGGCGUUGAUCUAUGAAGUUUUCCGGCAAUACUUUAAUAUCGAGUUCGGACAAAAGAUAAUGGACACUGUCAAGUACUCGAUGACUGAAGAAGACUGGGCUAUCGCCACGGAAGAUGCCGCUCAAUAUUUGGCUGUGGAGAAUUUCAAUCUUGUGUAUUAACUUUUAAUUGGGUUUUUAUAAAAUUGAAAAUAUGUGUUU